AUGGAAGAAAGAUGUGACAUUCCUAGUUCAAGUUCAUCUGUAAAUCAUAAUGGAGUUCCUAAACCAAACAUAGAAAAUUUAAAAUUUGUCCAUAAUAAUCAAGUUGAAGAGUUUAUAAAAGUUUUUA